CACCAGCAGCCAUUGCGCGUGAUGCAAUUGAAGUGCUAACACCUCGUACCGCUCGAGUUUUCCAGCCAGCUCAGUUCAUCGCCAAUCACCACCACCAAACACCAAACACACACCAAUCACCAGCGGAAUCUUCAGCAGCGUGGACACAUUCUUUUUUUUUUUUGGUUCAAUCGCGUGUGUGAAAAAUCCCACUCCUUGCGGCUGCGAUUUCGGCAAGUGAACACAACCACAAGUGAACGCCGCCACAACAAAUCAUAACAAAACACAAACUGUGAAAGUGCAAAAACACACUGAGAAACACUCCCGAAAAGGAUUAACGUUGAAAGCCAGGAGAACAGUGCAAUAUUUACUAAGCGAAAAGCUAAAGUCGCCGCAGAAGAAGAAUCAGACGAGGAGAUUUCAGCCGAAGAAGAAAACGACGUCGAAGACCGACCCAAGAAGAAAACGAAAGCAAAUCAGAUCGCAAUGCAAUUACCGGAGAGCAGGAGAAAUCGCAACCGAUCAUCGACGCACAUGGGUAUGCACAUGGGUCCAUUGCUGCUCUCGGCCGUGUUGGUCCUCUUGGUGGUCUUGCCCGGACAGAUCGAUGCGCGGAUGGCCUUUGAAAAGCUGACGGACUUUGACUUCCCGGGCAAUACAUACUACAGCGUGAAGAACCUCUCCCUUUACGAAUGCCAAGGAUGGUGUCGCGAGGAGGCUGAUUGCCAAGCGGCGGCGUUCAGUUUCGUGGUGAAUCCCCUGUCGCCAUCGCAGGAGACCCAUUGUCAACUCCAGAACGACUCCUCGGCGGCCAAUCCUUCAGCAGCUCCGCAACGAAGCGCCAACAUGUACUACAUGGUGAAGUUGCAGCUGCGCAGCGAGAAUGUCUGCCAUCGGCCGUGGAGUUUCGAGAGGGUCCCCAACAAGGUGAUCCGUGGCCUGGACAAUGCCUUGAUCUACACCAGCACCAAGGAGGCCUGCUUGUCGGCUUGUCUCAAUGAAAGGCGCUUCGUCUGCCGAUCGGUGGAGUAUGACUAUAACAACAUGAAGUGUGUGCUCAGUGACUCCGACAGACGCAGCUCUGGACAGUUUGUCCAGCUGGUGGAUGCCCAGGGUACGGAUUACUUUGAGAAUCUCUGCUUGAAGCCAGCUCAGGCCUGCAAAAACACUCGCUCGUUUGGCAAUGCCCAAAAGAUGGGAGUCUCCGAGGAGAAGGUUGCCCAAUACGUGGGACUGCACUACUAUACCGACAAGGAACUCCAGGUUACCUCCGAAUCUGCCUGCCGAUUGGCCUGUGAGAUUGAAUCCGAGUUCCUUUGCCGCUCUUUCCUGUACUUGGGCCAACCCCAAGGAGCACAGUACAACUGCAGGCUGUAUCACUUGGACCACAAGACCCUGCCCGAUGGCCCAUCUACCUAUUUGAACCACGAGCGUCCGUUGAUCGAUCAUGGUGAGCCCAUUGGUCAGUACUUUGAGAAUCAGUGCGAGAAGGCAGCCGGUUCUGGAGCUGGUUCUCCACCGGGAACUCUUGACAAGAUCGAUACACUGCCCGUAAGCCUGGACACCAUUGAGGAUCCUAACCUAACCAACUUGACCCGCAAUGACGUGAACUGCGACAAGACCGGAACUUGCUAUGAUGUUUCCGUACACUGCAAAGACACCAGGAUUGCCGUCCAGGUACGCACCAACAAACCCUUCAACGGUCGAAUCUACGCUUUGGGACGCUCGGAGACCUGCAACAUCGAUGUCAUCAACUCGGAUGCCUUCCGUUUGGAUCUGACUAUGGCUGGACAGGAUUGUAACACGCAGAGUGUGACUGGUGUCUACUCCAACACUGUGGUUUUGCAACAUCACAGCGUGGUGAUGACCAAGGCCGACAAGAUCUACAAGGUGAAGUGCACGUACGACAUGAGCUCCAAGAACAUCACCUUCGGCAUGAUGCCCAUCCGCGAUCCGGAAAUGAUCCACAUCAACUCUUCGCCGGAGGCCCCACCACCAAGGAUCCGCAUUCUGGACACACGACAGCGCGAGGUGGAGACUGUGCGUAUUGGAGACCGUCUGAACUUCCGCAUCGAGAUUCCCGAAGACACUCCCUAUGGCAUCUUUGCUCGGUCUUGUGUUGCCAUGGCCAAGGACGCCCGCACCAGCUUCAAGAUCAUCGACGACGACGGCUGCCCCACCGAUCCCACCAUCUUCCCCGGCUUCACCGCCGAUGGCAAUGCCCUGCAGUCUACAUACGAGGCCUUCCGAUUCACGGAGAGCUACGGUGUAAUUUUCCAGUGCAAUGUCAAGUACUGCUUGGGACCCUGUGAGCCAGCUGUGUGCGAAUGGAACAUGGAGUCAUUCGAAUCCCUGGGCAGAAGGCGUCGUCGUUCCAUCGAGAGCAAUGAGACCAAGAGCGAGGACGAUAUGAACAUCUCCCAGGAGAUUCUGGUCCUGGACUUUGGCGAUGAGAAGCGAGAGUUCUUUAAGGCAGAUCCCAGCACGGACUUUGCCAAAGACAAAACCGUCACCAUUAUCGAGCCCUGCCCCACGAAGACAUCGGUGCUGGCCCUCGCGGUCACCUGUGCGCUGAUGAUCCUGCUCUACAUCUCCACUCUGUUCUGCUACUACAUGAAGAAGUGGAUGCAGCCACACAAGAUCGUAGCAUAAGCGGAGCUUAAGGAGCGAAAACUGAAACGCAAGAUGAAACAGCAGAAUAGAACGAAAAAAGAAAAACAAGAAAGAAAAGAAAACAAAAAGAAAAUACACAACAAAAUUGUCACUCACACACACAUAUGCUCUCUCUCUCACACACAUACACACGAACACUCUGAAUCUAUCGCUUUGUCUCGCUCUUGCCCCGGUGGGCGUAGCCCCUCCCACUCACACUCACACACACCCACACUACUGACAACCGUAUAAUUUUUUGUUUUUUUUUUUUUAAUGAUAUACAUUUAAAUUAAUUACUUAAUAUACAAUUUAUUUAUUUAUAUUUAUUUAGACUUAGAGCGUGAGAUACAAAUUCCCCCGAGAGCAAAGAAACGAAACCAUUUCCUAGUAGACACACACACACACUUACACACAAGCACAUUUCACGUAUGCAAAUUUGUAAGAAAAAAAGAAACGAAAAUGAAAAAGCAAGAAGGAAAAGUUGCGAGCGCGUACUUUCUAUAAAGUUACGAAAGGGAAUGGAAAGAGAAUUGAAACAUUGUCCUUGCCAGAAAAAAGAGGGAGAGAGCGAAUGAUAGGGCAGAUGAGUGGGAUAGAGAGAAAGAGAGAUAGGACAAUGGAUCAUGAUCCCUUUUGUAACUUCUAUAGAGACUGCAGCCGCACACACUCGCACUCAAUGACACAGAAACACACUCACACACACCUCCACACACACCCAUUUCCACACUCAUUCACACACAGACCCACACACGCCCUCACAUUUAUUUAAUUGUAAACAGAACGCAAUAACAGUAAACAAAAGCAAUCAAAACGGAACUAAGAAUAAUUGAUCGAAGAAGCAGAGACAAGGAAAGUAAUUUCAACGAUAGCAAAUCAAUGGAAUUGUGCUUAAUUGUAUUGCAUUUAUUUAAUUUAAAUUUAUUUAUGAUAAUAAAGAAACGAUAAUGACAUA